AUGUUCGAGAUGAAGAGAGCAAUUGACGCCUUAGUUGUUUUAGCAGGUAAGGUUUCAGAAUAUAACGCAAAAAUGAACCCGCAAUGUUCAAAAUGUAAAGCAGCAAUGAGGAAAUAUAACUACUCAGUCAAAGAGAUAGAAAGAAUGCGAAACGACUAUGCAGACUUAAAGAAAGAAGCAGAAAAGCCAGCAGAAGAUAAAAUGGAUAUGUUGACAUUUCUUAAUAAAAACUAUCCAACAGCAGAAGAUUUCCUUCUAUCUGACGUCAAGAAGAAGUAUAAAGAAACUUUCGGUAUCGUUAAAACAUUCGAUGUACUGACAGAAGAAAUAGAAGCUACGAAAUUGUUUAGGAUUUCAAAUAUACAUCAUACAAUUCAUGUAAAACGCUUAUAA